GAGCGUUCGUUGCGACCUAAAUGACACAUUCUUCGCUGUAAUUUUGUAGGACGUGAAAGUUACUGACGAUAGCAGAAUUUUAUGAUUGUGAAUAUUUGAUGAAACAUUUGGCAUAUAUAAGACAUCAGUGGAUGCGCUGACAAGCUGAAAAACUCUUAGAAACUUACAAAGACAUCGCAGGUUAGAGAGCGGAAAACAAUUGGGAGGAAAAAGAUUUUUUCUUAUCAGUUUGGAGUUCUAGAAGAUUCAUAUUGAGGCACAACAAGGCAAAAUUAAUUUGUGCUUUCUCUGUGGAUUGCAACAGCAACUCUGUAUAUUCAAUAUUUUCGUGGAUAAUUAUUGAUACAUCGACGCGCGAACUUGCAAAACACGAUGGGCACGCAAACUACUAUAACUUUUCCUAUACGGAAGAAAUGCAAUUUCUACGGACCCAAAAAUGAUGUGAAAGAAGAUUUCUCAGAAGCAACAGCGAAAAGCACAUUGACGAAAUAUACCCCAAGCGUGAAGAAGAUUGUCAUUUUGAGCAGCAGUGAGUCUGAAUCAGACUCUGAUGUCGAAAAUAUAACAGAAAUCACCAAAGAAACAGUUGUAAGGAAGGCAAACAGUACACCUCAAACACCAAAUCGUCGCAAACGUAAUGCCUCUAAUGAAAGAUAUCUGGUUAGUCCAUCUAAGCAGAAGAAAAAUCAACUGUUACAGGCUUCAUUAACGCCAUCCACUCUUUUAAACAGAUUGAAUUUAUCUCCUAAAAGUGAAAAUUUACAGCCCAAACAAUUAUUUGGUUCUAAUGAAUAUCAGAAUGCACGUCUGGCCUUACAUAGUUCUGAGACAGAAGAAUUGCCUGGGAGAGAAAAUGAGUUAAACAAAUUGCAGGAAUUUUUUCAGGAACACCUGGAAAAGGAAACAUCGAGUUCUCUUUAUAUCUCAGGCCCACCAGGUACUGGUAAAACAGCUAGUCUAUCUAAAAUAAUGCAACAGCCAGAGUUCAAGUCUCAGUUCAAAUGUGUCUAUAUUAAUUGCACUACUAUGAAGUCUGCAGCUGCUAUCUAUGCAAAGAUAAUUCAAGAAUUAUCCAUAAGCAGCUCGACUAAGUCUGGGAAAAAUAACAAGGCUAUUAUAGAGAAAUACCUAAUGUCUAAGCACAAGAUGUUGUUUCUUGUGUUAGAUGAAAUUGAUCAGUUGGAAAGCAAGAAGCAAUCUGUGCUGUAUUCGAUAUUUGAGUGGCCAUCUCUGUUGAAUUCCAAACUUAUCCUAGUUGGUAUCGCCAAUGCAUUGGAUUUGACAGACAGGAUAUUGCCCAGGUUGCAAGCUAGAUGCGAAUUAAAGCCAACGUUAAUGCAUUUUGCAUCAUACACUAAACAACAAAUAUCUAAUAUAAUAUCCACGAGACUGAGCCAAGCGAACGCGUCCAACAUUUUUACACCAUCCGCGAUACAAUUGUUGGCGGGUAAAGUAGCCGCGGUUUCCGGGGACAUCAGGCGAGCCUUAGACAUUAGCAGAAGAGUGAUUGAACUAGCCGAAUCUGAAAAAAUAGCGACAGUUUUGUGUCCGACGAAUGAUAAUGAUACAAAUACAGAGAAUUCGACGAAGCAGAUGGAAAUAACAGAAAAGCCAGUUGAAUUGAAAGAGGUACUUGCAGUUUUAAACGGAGUCUAUGGAAGCACACAGAAUUUCAACAAGGAUAUGUUUCCUAUUCAGCAAAAAUUGCUGCUUUGCUCUCUGUUGCUUAUCCUGAACAAAGGAAGAAACAAGGAUAUCACUGCUGGAAGAUUGCACGAGGUGUAUAAAAAGGUUUGCACGAAACGGAAUAUAUGCCCAGUAAAUUUCUCUGAAUUUUUAAGCAUGUGUUCACUGAUAGAGACAAGGGGAACUCUGAAAGUCGUCGGCAAGAAGCAAUCGCGUCUGUCCAAGUGUGAUUGGCCUGCUUUAGAUUCUCGAAAAGAAGAUCUGACUGUAUCACAAACAGAAGCAACUGAGAAGCCUGUAAAAGCUAUAUUUAUUGCAGAUACUCACUUAUUAGGUCCUAGAAAUGGUCACUGGUUUGAUAAAUUACGAAGGGAAUGGCAAAUGUACAGAGCUUUCCAGACAAUGAUGACAAUACACAGGCCAGAUGUAGUUUUUAUAUUAGGUGAUGUUUUUGAUGAGGGACAAUGGUGCAGCUCUACAGAAUUUGAGAGCUAUAUACAGAGAUUCCAUUCCUUGUUUUAUGUACCGAAGAACACAUAUCUCUAUGUUGUUGCUGGUAAUCACGAUAUAGGAUUUCAUUAUGCAAUCACACCAUAUCGUAAUCAGCGCUUUAUUAACGGCCUGAAAAGCCCGAAUGUGCGACGAGUAAGUAUAAGAGACAAUCAUUUCACAUUGAUUAACAGUAUGGCGUUGGAAGGGGAUGGUUGUUUCUUAUGCCGACCAACUGAAAUCGCAGUGGACAAAAUAGCCAAAGAUCUGAAAUGUGCAAGAAAGAUGGGCAACGAUUGCAACAAUGCAAGUGCAAUUUCCAGAUACAGCAGGCCUAUACUUUUGCAACAUUACCCGAUGUAUCGAGAAUCUGACGAGAUCUGCAACGAAUUGGAUCAAGCACCUGACGAUAUAAAGAACAUCAAAUUCCGCGAGCGAUGGGAAUGUUUGUCGAAAGAGGCGUCGGAACAACUCUUGGAUAUCUUGAAUCCGCGAUUAAUCGUCGCUGGGCACACUCAUCACGGCUGUAGAAGGAUACAUCGGGAUGAUAUCCUGGAAUUUACAAUCCCAUCUUUCAGUUGGCGCAACAAAGUCAAUCCAUCACUCUUGAUGGGUGUUUUCACGCCUAGAAAUUACGCCGUAUCAAAGUGUUACAUGCCCGUGGAGUCUACCGUGAUCAUAAUUUAUUAUGUUAGCCUCACAUGCACAAUGAUAUAUUUGAUUAUAAAACUCAGACCGAGACGGCCUGCGUAUUCUCGCUUGAAGAUGCCUUGAGUAGCGCGGCUCUCCUUGCUUAUUGAAUCAUGAUUUUACAAACACGAGCGAAUAAUGCAAUAACUCUAUAUACAGUUGUGAUUAAUGAAGGUAUAAUUCUCGGAAUAUUUAUAAGACAUUUGUAUACACUUUUAUCGUAAUAUCAAUUACAUAUUAUUUACAUUAGUGAUAGUAUAAAAUACUUACUUUGUGAUAUAUCAUAUUAACAUUAGUCUCGAUGUACAUAGAACUCUACUAUUUGCGGAAACGCAAAACACUUACUAAGAAUUCUUUGUGUAAGUUACACAAUUCGACAUAUAAUUUUACAUACAUGUAUAUAAAAAAAAAAGAAGAGAAAAGAAACUGCCAUUACACUGUCAGAGACUCGACGAAACUUACCACGCGGAUUCUCGGAUAUGUAUCGCUGAGGAAUGAAAUGUAAUUAGACUCGUGUAAAACGUAAUUAAAUAUACACAAACUUUUAUAUUA